GGUGUGCGAGACAUUCUCCGGUUAUUUUUGCUUUAACUGAGUCCGCUACAUAUUUCACAUCCACAGAGAUCCAAAGGUUGGUCUUGUGUUUGCACCAGGACAGAACGUAGACACAUAGAAUUGCAGAGAGGGAAUUUAAAAAAACAAAUUGUCAUGACUUCCUUAAUGAAAAAAAUAAUCAGCACAGAAAAAGCACCACAAGCCAUCGGCCCCUACAGUCAAAGUUUACUGAUCAACCGGACGCUGUAUGUUUCUGGACAGGUUGGUAGAGAUCCCAAAAGUGGAAAGCUUGUAUCAGGAGGGGUGGCAGAAGAAUUUAAGCAGGCUCUUAUAAAUGUGGGAGAAAUUCUCAAGGCUGGAGGCUGUGACUUCAGUAAUGUGGUAAAGAGUACUGUUCUCCUGGCUGACAUAAAUGACUUCAAUCUUUUUAAUGAUGUCUACAAGCAAUUUUUCAAAGGUAGUUUUCCAGCCAGAUCUGCUUACCAAGUUGCUGCAUUGCCUCUUGGAGCUCGUAUGGAAAUUGAAGUGAUAGCUGUGCAGGGGCCACUCACUUGUGUCUGAUAAUAAAAAGAAGCCUCAUCUGUGCUGACAGUGACAUUUGGGAGUUACCAUGGUCCUUCAUCUUCUUCAAAUUUUAUCAGUUUUUAUUGAAAGUUCUCAGUUUAACAAAAUGAUUAACUUUAGAAAUUGUCCCAAGUCAGGGGUAAAAACAGAAUUAAAGUUAUUAUAACUUUAAAUUGGAAAACAGAGAACCAAACAGAAUAAGAAGUCAUUAAAUGUGUUUAAGGUAUUGUAAAGAUUACAGACUGGGAGGAGAUGGGGGUAUCUUAGAAUAGUGUUUAAAUAGCUUCACUCACAUACCCUGCCACCUAUCCUGAAGGAUAAAGAAUUGUCAUAGUACCUCUAAUAUAAAACUCCUUAUAUUUGGUGACACAGUCCCCUUUGGUACUUCAAAACAGAAUAAGACUAUCAACCCUUCUUUGAGGACUGAUGGUUGCUUAUAUUAAUAAUUGAAGGAAAUGCUAAAUUAGAGGAAGAAGUUAAUGAAAAUAAAGAUAUAAUUUUUGUCCCUGCUUAUUUGCAUAGACUUCCUCAGGAAGCCCACAGUAUUCCAUGUACCACAGGUUAAGAACCCCUACAUUAGGAGAACUAUGGCAUAGUGUAAAGGGCCCAGAUUUGGGAUUUAGAAGAACUGUGUUUGAAUACCAAUUCUCCUAUUCCCUGUCAGGAUAACCUUGGAGAAAUCACUGAACUGAAGUUUCCUCAUCUUAAAACACUGACUCUCAGUGUAAAAGAGAUUUAGAUUAUAUGGCCUCGGAGAUCUCUUUAAAUUUUAAAUCAUUGAGCUAUAAAAUGGACAUACUAAUUCCUGUCAUUCUUCCAUCAUAGUGCAUAUAAUCUGGGGGAUCAAGUUAUAUGAUAUUUAAAUUGCCUUGUAAACUGUGAUGUUCACAGAAUCAGCUGUUAUUGGAAGACAAGAAGUCAAGGUUUUCUUCUGGACAAAAAUACAGAUUGGCGGCCAAAAUGGAAUUCCUGUAGAGGUAUAGAAAAAGUAGGAGACAGGGGGAGGUAGGUGGUGCAGUGGCUAGAGUACCAGCCCUGAAGUCAGGAGGACCUGAGUUCAAAUCUGGCCUCAGACGCUUAGCUGUGUGACCCUGUCACUUAACCCCAAAUGCCUCAGCCAAAAAAAAAAAAAAAAAAGAGAGAGAGAGAGAAAGAGAUACUGUCCAAAUGCCCACUUAACCAAUGCCCCAGUACUCUGGGAGAUUUUGUGUUCUUCAAUCUUGUUCAUCAGAAUAUUCAUCUAAUAAUAUUUAAAUUAUGAAAUCUGGGUAUUCAAUUUAGGGAUCAAAUUGUGCAUUUCAUCAUUUGAUAUGCUAUUUAUCUCAUAUCACUUAUAUUAUCUACCUCUGACUUAAUACCAUGCUAAAUAAAAAACAAAGGAAAGUA